AUGAGUCCAUGGUUUCACGAGAAAAUUGCUUCUGUUGCUGAGAACUAUGCGCGGCGCAAUGGAAAUUCUCUUCUUGGAGCUUCUUCUUGCAAGUGUGGGAAAAUCAGGAGGAUGGUUGGGUUGGAACACGGAGAGAAGAUUAUGUCACAAGAAUCGCUUAUAGCCUUUU